UCUGCUCUGUUCGGCCAUGGCGAUUGCAUACCGGAAGAAGAGACUGGAUUCCAGAAUUUGGUGGCCGAUCCUCCUCGCCUUCGCCGUGGCCUCCGCCGGAGCUCGCUCUCAUUCCACCGACGCUCUCGGUUUCCUCUCCAUCGACUGCGGCCUCGAGCCCGGUUCGUCCUACGUCGACCCCCUCACCAACAUCCCCUAUGUCUCCGAUGCCGGCUUCAUCGACACCGGCGUCAACCACAACAUCUCCGUCGAUUACGUGGGCGAUGUCAGGAACCCUGGGCUCCUCACCCUCCGCGCUUUCCCCAACGGUACCCGCAACUGCUACACCAUCCGGUCGCCGACAGUGGUUCGGGGGUCCAAGUACCUCCUCCGGGCGUGGUUCUUCUACGGCAACUACGACGGCCAGCUGCUGUCCUUCCAACUCCACCUCGGCGUCAACUACUGGGACAGGGUGGACGUGACCUCCGCGGAGUUAGCCUACUGGAAGGAGACCAUCACGGUGGCCACGGACUGGCACUUGUCGGUGUGCCUGGUCAACACCGGCACGGGGACGCCGUUCAUCUCCGGGAUUGACUUGCGGCCGCUGAAGGACAGUAUGUAUCCGGCGGCAAAUGAGUGGCGGAGUUUGGUGCUGCUCUACCGGUGGAAUUUGGGAGUGGAAUCGGGCUCCAUCAGGUAUCCGGCCGAUCCGCUCGAUCGGUUGUGGGCGCCAUGGAGCUCCCCGCGGUGGAACGACGUCUCCACCAACUCAACCGUCCAAAACCUCUCCGUGGACUUUUUCGAAGCUCCCUCCGUCGUCAUGCAGACCGCCGUCACCCCCAUCAACUCCUCCAGCCUCGUCAUCCCAUGGGAUCCCUUCCCCGGCUACGUCAACCAGUUCUUAGUCAUCCUCCACAUAUCCGAGAUCUUAGACCUCUCCGGUACCAAUCAAUCGCGGCAGUUCAACAUCUACGUGAAUGGAUUCCGGUGGCUGGGGGUUAUAAUGACCCCCGAGUACCUCCAAUCGGACUCCGUCUACAACCUCGUGACCCUCCCUUCGUCCCCCACCUAUAACAUCUCCCUCGAGGCUCUCAGCAACUCCACUCUCCCGCCCAUCCUCAAUGCCUUCGAGCUAUACGUCACCAUGAGCAACACCUCCGUGCCCUCGGAUGCUGGAGAUGUUGAUGCCAUGACAGCGAUCAAGGAGCGGUAUCGGAUCCAGAGGAAUUGGAUGGGAGAUCCAUGUUCCCCUAGUGAUUUUGUUUGGGAUGGACUAAAUUGUAAUUAUAGCUUGUCAAAUUCUCCAAGAGUCACUGCUUUGAGCCUGUCAUCAAGUGGGCUGACUGGGGAAAUAACCAAAUCUUUUGCUAGUCUUAGUGCACUUCAAUACUUAGACUUGUCUUACAACAAUUUAACAGGGUCAAUACCCGAUGAUCUAGCAAACUUAAGUUCUCUCAGACUACUUGAUUUGACAGGCAACCAGUUAAAUGGAUCAAUUCCUUCAAACCUCCUGGAAAUGGCACAAAAUGGAUUGCUUACCUUAAGACUGGAUGGGAAUCCACAUCUUUGUUACAAUGAUACAUCGUGCAAUGUGAUAUCAACAUCGGUUAUCCUGAAGGUUUACAUUUGUUUUUCAGCAACAGGCAACUUGCAGAUAGAUUCAAAAAAUUGUUGAUGACCCAUACAAAUUUACUUGAAUAUAUAUGAGAGUUUAAAUGCAACAAAGAAAAAUAUUUUUUUUUUUACUUUUAUGGAAAUGUAUAUAACCCUUUACAGAUCAUUAUACUCUUUAAAGGAGUCACCUUUUGUAAAACCGAUUUAUAAUAUUAGAAUUAGUGUAAUAAGAAAAUAUGAAGAAUGAAAUAAUAAGAAGGGCUCCCCUUGUAACUUAUACGGUAAGAUAGGUGAGUCAAAAAUUAUGGUGUUUAAAUUUGUUUGAUAAGGUAGCAAAGCCAAGUCAAAUUUAAAAUGAAUUAAAUUAUUAAAAUGAUUAUUCGAUUUUAGUUUUUUUUUACUAACUUGAUUUUGAUUUGUUUAGAUAUUGUUGAACACUCCGUUCAUGAUUGUUUGAUUAUUUAAAAAUUUUACAGUUUUAAAUUUAUUUGAUUAGUUAUUAAGUUUGAUAAUAUAAUCUUGUUGGUUCAUUUUGAAAGUUUGUUUAAUUAUUUAUUAUAUUGAUAAGAGUUUUAUUGAUGAACAUGAUCCAUAAACUUUGUUCUUAAAUAUUGCUUACAAAUUUUAUAACAUUGGGAAUACAAUCACAAUGAGAAUUUAUACUCAGAAGUAAUUGAUGUGAGCAUGAAGAGUGCUCUUGAGAUAUGAGAUAGGAGUAUCUAGAAUGACUGAGAUUUCCAAUCCAACGGCAAGAUAAACUUGAAUAUUCUCGACUCUUCCCUCUUAAAUUGUGUCAUUAUGGUUGUUAAGGUACAAAAUGUCAUUCACCGUAAUUCAUUUUUGUGUAGCUUUUUACAUGUUAUUACUUGUGCGAAGGAAUAUAAUAUUUGGUAGUAUAGAUCAUACUUUUAUUUUCUGUGGCAAAAACUAUUGUAUGUUCUUCCAUUUCAUCUUAGAACAAGCAUCUUGUAUUUUCACAAUGUCAUCUUUUUGUUACAGAAAAAAUUCCCUAUUUUUCUUGGUUCCUUGUGUUAAGAUACAAAUUCCUCAAUCCUUGGCAAUAAUGUUCAAUGUAGCCGAUCCUCGUCGAUACUUUGUUUUAGCAUAUUCAAUCCUCAUUGAAAUUCUGAAAUUGAGACUUGUGGAAGCCGGUGUUUUCAAACACAAACCUCGGUUUGAACCAGUCGACCUCUAUGUUCAGGUUUCUGCGUGAUCAGAAAAACUGUUUUUAGUCUGAUCCGAUUUUAAAAACACUGGUUAAGAGUUUCACAAAUAUCAACUGAAGCAGGAUUUAAACAAAGAAGGUUUACUUUUGGUACUAGAAUACUUAUCAUGGUUUAAAUGCAGCAAAGAAACAUAUAUAGUUUUUUAGUUUUAUGCAAAUGUAGCUAAAUUAGAGAGAUUUAGAAAUCUUUGAAACA